AUGAUAAACAAUAUGGACAACUCUAUUAAUAUGGUUAAAAGCAACCAUGCUGAAUCGACUUCAGUGAACAAACCUCGUAAUAUAUACAAAUUGGAGAUCGUGUGGCGCAAUGUGGCCAUGUUUAUAUUGUUGCACCUUGUUGCUGUCUAUGGACUUUAUAUUAGCGUAUUCUACGUAUCUCUCAAUAUGAUCUAUUAUUUAACAGCUGUCAACUUUCUAUGUGGCUUGGGCAUCUUAGCAGGCGCUCAUAGGCUUUGGGCGCACCGAUCAUACAAAGCUCGACUCCCAUUGAAGAUAUUUCUGGCAAUACUCCAAACGGCGAGCAUUCAGAAUGACAUCUACGAGUGGGCCCGCGAUCAUCGCCUGCACCACAAACACAGCGACACCGACGCCGACCCACACAACUCCCGGCGCGGGUUCUUCUUCUCACACGUCGGUUGGCUUUUGUGUCGCAAACACCCGGAAGUGAAGGAAAAGGGAAAGACGGUUGACAUGAGUGACCUGUGGGCCGACCCUCUCAUCAGAUUUCAGCGCCGCUUUUAUAUCCCGCUUACAAUUAUCAUUCGCUUAACUCUUUUCACAUACCUUCCUAUGCGUUGGUUUGAUGUUUCAUAUUUGGAUGGUUUGGCCAUCAAUAUGAUGGCACUGGUAGCGAAUCUGAACCACACGUGGCUCGUCAACUCGGCCGCACAUAUAUACGGCUAUAAACCCUACGACAACACCAUUAAUCCCAAAGAGAACAGAGCUGUUGUCUAUUUGGCAUUAGGUGAGGGGUAUCACAACUAUCACCACACGUUUCCAUACGACUACUCGGCCUCGGAAUACGGGUGGGCCGAUGGGUUCAAUCCCGCGACCGCUUUCAUUGAUUUGUGCUAUAAAUUAGGUUUGGCUUACGAUCUAAAGAAACCAACGAAAGAGACUAUUGAACAGCGCGUCAAACGAACGGGAAAUGAGAGCCAGAAAUUAAUAAUUUGUGGAGCCCAUAGGCUUUGGUGUCAUCGGAGCUAUAAGGCCCGACUCCCACUUCAAAUAUUGCUUAUGGUAUUUAACACUUUGGCCCUCGAGAAUGAUAUAUACGAGUGGAGUCGUGACCAUCGGUUGCACCACAAACACAGCGACACCGACGCCGACCCACACAACUCGCGGCGCGGGUUCUUCUUCUCACACGUCGGUUGGCUUUUGAGUCGAAAACAUCCGGAAGUGAAGGCCAAAGGAAAGACCAUAAAUAUGGACGACUUGGCCAACGAUCCGGUCAUAAGAUUUCAGCGCGCGUUUUACAUACCGCUUGUGCUAUUAAUAUGGGGUUUGAUUCCGACAUACGUUCCCCACUAUCUCUGGGGUGAGACGCUGUGGAACGGGUGGUUUGUGUGCGUUCUCACCCGUUAUACUUACGUCCUCAACAUCACGUGGUGUGUCAAUAGUGUGGCACAUCUCUGGGGAAUGAAGCCUUACGAUAAAAACAUAGUACCCGUUGAGGCCAAUAUGAAAAACUUUAUAUUUGGUGGAGGUUUUCAUAAUUACCAUCACACGGAUUACUCUGCGUCCGAGUUUGGUUGGCAGCGUGUGUUCAAUCCGGCGACCGCUUUCAUCGACUUCUUCGCGUAUAUCGGAUGGGCUUAUGAUCUGAAAAAAGCCUCCAAAGAGAUCAUUGAAAGCCGACGGCAAAAGACUGGCGAAUCCGUGUCUGAGUCUAAGUCACAGGCUAUGGAG